AUUCAAAGAGAAUGUCAUUCUUGAACGUAAGUCGUCUUCAUCACACGUAUCGGGACAGCUGUUUAUGAGUUUCUAGAAGCUGGACCAUGGCGCUUGUCAGACUUCAGCUACAUCUGUCUCUGGUGCACUUCCUCCCCGCGGACAUAGCUCCACCAACAAAUGUGGGCAACGUGUUAGACUGCUUCAGCUCUUGCUUGAGAAACCAGCAGUGUGUCUCUCUGAUUUACAGCAGGAACAACAAACAGUGCUACACCUAUCCAGGCAGGCUUGAAGUUCCCUUCUGGGGAGCUGACAUCAAUACUGACUUGGACAUUUACAACACCAACAGAGAUGGACAUCGUUGCCCAAGUCAUCUUGGAUAUGAUUUCAAUUCCACGAUGAAUGUGUGUUUCAAAAUACACGGUGACGUUAAAACGUCGCGCUCUUCGGCUACUAGCAUCUGCGCGUCUGAGGGAGGUCAUCUCAUCAGAAUCAAUUCAAGUGCAAAGGAUGAACUCAUAUUUGCCAUUUGGACAAAUGGAAUUGUUCGUAUCGAUGGCAUGUGUACAGAGGGUGAAGGCUGGAAGUACUCGACUGGUGACAUUGCAACCUACUUCAGGUGGAAGAAAGGUCAACCUAAUCGCGACUGCGGCGCGAGAUGGGGAAAGUGUCUGGCCUCAGAAUCGUCUGGUUUUCACGACAUUUCAUGUUCCUAUUGGGGAUAUUCCUUCAUAUGCGAAGUUGACAUGUAAAGCAGUCUAAAGUAGAUGAUUUGAAUUUUCAGAAUGAUUAAUUGUCUAGUUGUAAACUCUAAUGAUGUGAGUUUGAAUCCGGACGUCUUUCAUCCGUACGAUAUACUGUAUGACCUGCAGAGAGGGGGUUGUCCAUGGGUAAAAAUAUUAUAGCAUGUUAUGCACAAGUUGUACAAAUAUGAAAUUAGAAAAUAAUUUGAGAGAAAAAAGAGGCCCUUAUAUUUUGGUUAUGUGCAUGACCAGAAAUCUGAUAAAACAGUGAUGUAAAAUGGAUUAUUAGAAUGUCACAUUUGGUUUUAGAAGUUAAACUCAGUGACAAUUUCAGUCCAAAUCAAUGACAUGCUGGCAUCGGUACGUUUUCUACUCCUUCACUACUGUUCUUUUUGGUGGUUUAAGCACUUUCAUUGUACUGGAUUCGUUUCCUACAAACAACACUUAGUUGUCUUCGAAUGUUGGAAAUUGUUUUCUACACAACCAUUAGUAUUGAAAGUAAGAUGAAUUAUGUUUAAAAUCAAGAAACAAUUGUCAUUUAGUCAACACAUAUACGUUAAGCACUUUAAUUGACAUACCAGUCUUCAAACUGCUCUUGUUUUGUGAUGUGCUAUGCAGCGAUUGAUCUAAUUUUAGAAAUGGAUGUAUUGUAAAUAGAUUUGAAAAAUGGACAUAUUGUAAUACAACUAUGAAGGUAGUUUCAUAUUAUAUCUAUUUAGGAUUUAUGAUGUCUUCUAGACUAGUAUGGUCUACAGCAUGUAAGCCAUUAGCACUUCACGCAUCUAAAGCAAUAAUGCCUGUUUAUAAUUUGUUCAAGCAAAAUGACCUUUUAUCAUUUAAUGUAGCUACUUCUAUUGUUGAUAACAAGAUUGCACCCAUUUUAUUAUAGGGUUCUGAACAUUUGGGUGUAAAAUACCAUGACUAUAGAGAAAAAUACAACCUUUUUAUUUUAAGAAAUACUUAGGUGUCGGUUAAUAUGCUUCCAACAGAGCGAUUCUUGGCGUAACAGGUAGAUAUUAUAUUUUUAUAUCAACACAGUUAAGAGCAGUUAGCUUUUCGAUAAGGUUAAUAAGUAUGGAUGUUUAUAGAUACCCAUAUCGAUGUUAUUUUAUGUUAAAACAAUUAUAAGACAAAAUGUUAUGGAUGUCAACUCCUUCUUUAUUGUAUACACGUUUCUGGGCAUCCAUAACAUUUUGGCUUGUACUUGAAUACCAACAUCUAUAUGCCUCUUACGAACCAUAAAACAAUUAGAUGACAAAGGUAACAAUAGCUUGGUGUCUGGUAUUAGAAAUAUUCUUUUCAUGUGUGGGUAUUCUUAUGUUUGGAUAUCACAGGAUAUCAGUGAUAAAAGAUGUUUAAUUUUAUUCUUAAACAAAGACUAAUAGACAUAUUUUACCAAGAUUGGCAUUCUUAUGUACAUUCAUCCAAAUAUCUUUCUCAUUAUGCUCUUGUAAUAUCGCUAUUAGAGCCAGAAACAUAUUUAACUGUAUUACAUGACAAAUCUUUGAGAAUAGCUUUCUGUAAAUUCAGGAUCUCCUUGCAUGAUUUCAAUGUAAACUCUGAGCGUAAAUGUAACAAUUUGAAUCCAAGUGACCUUUUAUGUGUAAAAUGUAAUAGUAACCAGAUCGAAGAUGAUUUUCAUGUGUUAUUUGUGUGUAAAUACUAUCGACACCUGCAAAAUAAAUACCUUCCAAACUUAUGUACAGGGUAAAAGGAUCAAUAUUUCAUGAUAAAUCUUCUAAAUUCUAAGAAUGAAGAUGUUAUUACCUCUGUUGCUCGUUGUCUGAAAAAUGUGUUUAUAUGUAGAUGUACAACGUGAUAAGUAUAAACAAAUUGAAAAUAUGUAACAGUACUAUGGGUCGUUUGGCCUAAAACACUGAAUAAACUGUCUGUCUGAUUGAUCUAAUUUCGAAUAUAUUGGGUACAGUCGCAAUAAGAGUUGGUGUCCACAUACAUUAAACGCCAAAAG